AUGGCCUCCCAACUGCUACCCCUCGAGCUUAUCGACAAGUGUGUCGGCUCUAGAAUUUGGGUCAUCAUGAAGGGUGAUAAGGAAUUCAGUGGAACACUCGUUGGAUUCGAUGACUACGUCAACAUGGUCCUUGAGGAUGUGACUGAGUUUGAUUACUCGGGAAACCACACCAAGCUACCCAAGAUUCUACUCAACGGUAACAACAUUUGCAUGUUGAUCCCCGGUGGUGAGGGCCCAGAAGGGGCUGCUUGA